AUGAACUCGAUCAGGGUUGUGCUAGCUGUGGUGGUGACAAAGGGAUACGUCACUGAGCAGCUGGACGUAGACACGGCGUUCUUGAACAGUGAUCUCAAGGAAGAGGUGUACAUGGAAGUGCCAAAUGGCAUAGCUAAUGCGGAGAAGAUGAUGUGCAAGUUGGACAAGGCAAUCUACGGUCUCAAGCAGGCUGCAAGUGCGUGGAACAAGACAAUCCAUGCUGUAUUCUUACAGAUCGGAUUUCGUAGCAGCGGAGCAGAUCAGUGUAUCUACGUCAAGCAUCAAGAUGACAACUAUGUCUAUGUUUGUCUCUACGUCGACGACAUGAUCAUCGCCGCCAAGACCAGCAGGGAGAUUCAAGAGGUCAAGACAGCACUCAAGAGAUCAUUUCGUAUGAAGGAACUAGACAAGGCUAAAUUUAUUCUUGGCGUGGAGAUUGAUCAUGACCACAACUGCAGUAAGCUGAUGAUUCGACAGACUCGAUACAUCGAUGGUGUGGCCAGCCGUUUUAAUCAAGAGGACGCAAAGGCAGUGGUCAACCCAUGCGAGUCCGGCCUGAAGCUGUCAAAGAAGCAAUCCCCAACGACGGAUGUCGAUAGAGCAGAAAUGCAGUCAAAGCCGUACAGGUCGCUGAUCGGAUGUUUGCUAUACAUCACGACAUGUACGCGCCCAGAUGUGAUGUAUGUCAUCACGCAGUUAUCAAGGUUUUUGGAGAAUCCAGGUCAGCAACAUUAG